AGUUUGAAAGCAGGGAAAUCCGGAUGUCUCACUUAAAGUGGAGCAGUGGGGGCCUCAACACAUUUUCAGAACUCUGUCCAGACUGGUGACUGAGCGUCUGCCUCCCUUGCUGCCAGGAGCAAUCUGACGUGCUUUCCUGGCUCUGGGGGCACUGGCACAAUGGCCAAGUGCUUCAGCCUGCUGUUGCUUCUGAUCUCCAUCUGGCCCACAAGGCUUCUGGCCCAAGGCUCUCUCCGAGUUCAAGAGCUUUCCAUCUCGCUGCCAUGCAGAAUUGUGGGUGUCACCCUUGUGAACAAAAAGGUGGGCCUGCAGCUGAAUUUCACAGAAGCCAAAGAGGCCUGCAGGCUGCUGGGACUAACUUUGGCCAGCAAAGACCAGGUUGAAGAGGCAUGGAAGUCUGGCUUUGAGACUUGCAACUAUGCAUGGGUUAAAGAAGGGUUCUCUGUGAUCCCUCGGAUUAUCCCAAACCCCAAAUGUGGGAAGAAUGGGAUAGGUGUCCUGAUCUGGAGAGCUCCACUUAGCAAACUGUUCGGGGCCUACUGUUACAACUCAUCUGAUGUUUGGGUUAACUCAUGCUUUCCAGAAGUCAUGACCACUUAUGAUCCUAUGUUUGAUUCUCAAAGUUCAAUACACACACAGUUUGCCGUCAGUGACAAUACCUACUCAGCAUCAUCCCUUGACCCAGCAACAUCUACCCUUGCUGCUACUCCAGCUCCUGCUUCCACUCUGGCUCCACAAAGAAGAAAAGUGAUUUGUAUUACAGAAGUUGUUACAGAAACUAGCAUUGUACCCACAGAAACUGAAGCAUAUACUGAAAAUAAAACUACAUUCAAGAAUGAAGUUGCUGGGUUUGGAGGAGUCCCCACGGCUCUACUAGUGCUUGCUCUCUUCUUCUUUGGUGCUGCAGCUGGUCUUGCAGUUUGCUACGUCAAAAGGUAUGUGAAGGCCUUCCCUUUUACAAACAAGAAUCAGCAAAAGGAAAUGAUUGAAACUAAAGUAGUAAAGGAAGAGAAGGCUGAUUAUAGCAGUUCUAAUGAGGAGUCAAAGAAAACUGAAAAAACUGCAGAAGAGCUCAAGAGUCAACCCAAAACAACAGUGCGAUGCCUGGAAGCUGAAGUUUAGAUGAGCAGGAUGAGAGAAGACACAUCUGAGGCUGAUUUCUCUGUGUAUAUAUAUAUAUCUCCUGACCCCUGUUGGCGGCACUAAAAGGACCAAAGCAGGAAGUUCACCCUUGGUUUCUAUCGGCAACCAGCUCAGGGCUGUUUUUAGACUAUGGAGUUCAAUCAAAAAGAAUUCCCUUCUUAUUGCAACCUCUCCUGGAUCCUGUUCUCCCAUCUCCAAAACUUCUCACAGCCCUUCUAGCCUGGCUAUGUCCUGAUAACAUCCCAGUGGGAGAAAGGAGCUUUACAAAGCACAAGGACCUGAAACAAAGAGCUCAGCAGACCACUCACUAGAGCAAAGCUGUCUACUAUUCCACAGCCCAGAUCCUCUCUUCAGCUCUGAAUGGGAAACACAUAAGCACCUUGUACAUCCUUCCGAGCCAGGGAAGCAUAAAAGGAAGGAAGGAAAGGUUUAGCAGCUGAAGAUGAUGGAGAUUUCUGUGACUUAGAAUCAGAGCAAUAGAAGAACAAGGAUACUGACCACCUCACCAUCAGCAGGGACUACAGGCACAGGCAGGGCCCAGGUGUUUUUCUCUGAACAAUUCAGUUGGAGUCAACUUAAAA